CGUCGGUCCGACAUCUGAAAAAGAUGUUAAAAACCGAAACGUCUUGAAAUUCAACAGAUCAAGAAAUGCAGACCAUGCAUCUCCUUCACCUAAACAAAGCACCCUAUAAAUAAAUCAAAACUGAGACUAAUUAAAGAAGUUAGCAAAACACAAGGUGAACAAGAUAUUAAUGAACAUGAUGAUUAGUUCCAGGAUUCGUAUCUGUUUCUUGGUUUUCAUGUGUGCGAGCCUUGGUAUUAUACCAACCCCAAGCCUUGGUCAUAGUCACAUAUGCCUGCCGAAUGACCAUGUUGCCCAAUUCAUCUUCGGAGAUUCUCUUUUUGAUGCAGGAAACAAUAACUACAUCAACACCACGUACCAGUACCGGGCAAAUGUUUAUCCCUAUGGGGAAACCUUCUUUAACUACCCAACUGGGAGAUUUUCUGAUGGCCGUAUAAUUCCAGAUUUCAUAGCUGAGUUUGCAAAGUUGCCAUUGAUUCCGGCGUACCUACAUCCUGGUUAUAAGCGAUAUGCAGAUGGGGCUAACUUUGCAUCUGGCGGAGCUGGUGCUCUGGUCGGAACUCAUCUAGGAUCGGUGAUAGACCUGCACACACAACUCAGUAAUUUCAAGAGAAUGAAGACGCUAUUGAAGAAAGAGAUAGGUGAAGCAGAAGCCAAGACAUUGGUGUCAAGAGCUGUUUACAUAACCAGCGUCGGAAGCAACGAUUACGUAGCCCCAUAUACUGCAAACUCAAGCUUGUUUCAAUCCUACUCUCCAGAAGAGUAUGUAGAUAUGGUUAUUGGCAACUUGACAACUGUGAUCAAAGGAAUACACAAGGAAGGAGGAAGGAAAUUUGCGUUUGUAAACUUGGCGCCAUUGGGUUGCUUCCCAUUUUUAAAGCUAAUAAACGCAGGUGAAUGCGUGGAGAAAAUUACAGCACUGGUAAAACUGCACAACAAAGCACUUCCACAUGUCCUCCAGGAGCUAGAGAGCCAGCUGAAAGGAUUCAAAUACUCAAUUACAGAUUUCUACAGUAUAGUCAGUGAAAUAAUGAAUAACCCUAUAAAAUAUGGUUUCAAGGAAGGGAAGACGGCAUGCUGUGGAUCUGGUCGAUACAGAGGAGUUAACAGUUGUGGAGGGAAGAGAUCCGUCAAAGUGUAUGAAUUAUGUGAAAAAGCCAGUGACUAUGUGUUCUUUGACUCUAGCCAUCCUACUGAAAGGGCCAGCUUGCUAAUAGCCAAGUCGAUGUGGAGUGGAAACCAAAGUGUUACAUGGCCUUACAAUGUAAAAGCACUUGUUGAGCAGAGGGUUUUCGAAGUUGAAUUGAAGAAUACGAUUCCUUGGCCUCCACCAUUACCUCAAGAGUUGAUACUUGAUCCUGUCACCUUGGAGGAACUCUACUCCCUCCUUUUCAUCUGUGAAUUAAGGAUAAAUCACAACAAUCAGCCUCUUCAAGUUGUUGCUUCUGCGAAUACGGCCACCAAACAACCUCAGCAGCAAACCAGACAAUCUGGGGAAAAGAUAAAGCUACAGUACAGCCUGCCUCUCUCUCUAAGCGUUGGUUUCUCUCUUCAAGGAAGCAUGUUCUCAUGCAGAGCUUUAAUGGGAGAGACGAUGGAGAGUUUUGGGUCCUUGGAGAGGAUGGUGUCAAACUCGGUCUGGACUCUGGAGCUCGUGCAGAGCUUUAAUGGGGGAGGAAGAGUUGAGCUCGUCGAACUUGGGGUUCAGGUGAGCUUGAAACUGGUGUGA